AUUGUCCAUGUGUCAGUCAACAAUGUAAGAGAGAAGAACUGCAGUUAUAGGAUACAGAUCAACAGCAUCGUUUCAGAUGUUUUAAUGGCAGCGAAACACGUUACUGGAAUUUUGGGAAGAGCGAUCACAAUAUCUUGUUACUAUGAAAAUUGGCGGUACCAAUCAAAUGUGAAAUAUUGGUGUCAUGGAAGGAAUCGUUCAUGUAACAUUAUAGCAAAAACAGAUUGGCCAAAUGGGAGAAUAUCAAUCACUGAGAACAAAACACAAGGAAUAUUUCUUGUUGCAAUGAAGAAUCUUCAAUGGGAAGAUGCCGGAUGGUACAGCUGUGGGAUUCAGAUUCCUGGUAUUUACUCUGACCUCAUGUUUAAUGUAAAUCUGCACAUCUCUCAAGAAGCCGUCUCUGUUCCUGGGCUUCGAUUUUUAUCCCUACCAAAAAUCUCAUGUUCUGGUGGUUCAGUGACAGUCUCCUGUGAAUCUGCCCAGGGAUCUCUCCCCAUUCACUACACAUGGUCUGAGAAGAUGCCAUCUCAAGAUUCAAUGAUUUCUGACACCAAUAAACUGGAUCUACAUUGUCAAUCCUUCACACAGCAACAUCAUCAAUAUUACUGCACAGCCUCAAAUACUCAGGGAACAAAACCCAGUGAAAUUGUUCAUGUGUCAGUCAACAAUGUAAGAGAGAAGAACUGCAGUUAUAGGAUACAGAUCAACAGCAUCGGAAGGGAAUAUAUUUGUGACAAUUCCUCAACAAUAUCACCAACAACAUCACCAAAAAUAUCACGAGGGGCAACAAGAACAUCGUCAGGACCCAAGUCUGUCAGUAAAAGUUACGUUGCCUGGGAUGUGAUACGCUGGGUACUCUUCACUCUCCUGGUGAUUUGUUCUGUUUCUGUCACAAUGUUUACACAAAAACAUUAGGUGAGCAUCAUGGCCUUUACAAGAAUGAUUUUGAGCACUCUAAGUUCCCCAUCAAUGAGGUGGCUCUGGGUGGAGGGGUUUCAAAGCAGGAGACACAGUUUGAGAAGAAUGGGUUGAUCAUUUGGGACUGAGAUGAGCAGGAAUUUCUUCACUCAGAGGGUGAUGGUUUGUUGGAAUUCUCUGCCCCAGAGAGCUCUGGAGGCUCCAGCCUUGAGUAUAUUCAAAACAGAGAUUAAUAAUGUUCUGGGUAAUAAAGAUAUGGAGGGACAUGACAGAAGUGCAAGUAAAAUGGUAUUCAGUUGGAAGAUCUGCCCUGAUCCAGGUGAAUGCUGAGGGACCCUCGAGAGGCUGAAUGGCCUACUCUGGUCCUGCCUCAUCUCUCUCCAUGGUGGCCUCAUGCUGUCAUUGUGCCAGCCUCCACCAUUUCGUCUGGCAAAUCGUUUCAUACACAUGCCCAUCCUCUGCACGAAAAAUUUACUCCUCAGGUCCUUUUGAAAUCUUUUCCCUCUCACCUUCAACCUAUGCCCUCUAGUUCUGGAUACCCCCAUUGAGGAAAAAGACCUCCCUGUCCAUGCCCUUGUUUAAAUCUCAUUGAAUAAUAUAA